GAGCAGUAAUCCUUCCAGAAGUAUUUAUUUUGUAACCGAUCUAAGUCUCUUUCCGGAAAGCUGUUCAUCAUGAUCAUGUGGGCACUUUCAUGAAUGCCUUCUCACCUGUCGCAGCCUAAGGGGAGGGAUAAAGAAUUGAAUCUAAGAGGAUGGAGCCAAGUACCUGUAAGACCAGCGAAUCAGAGGAAAACUAUGGUGAAGAAGAGGAAUCCGAGGAGUGUGUUAAAGGGGAAGCUACCAUCCCUUCUAACCCUUCUCAGCAGGCACUCUCAAAGGCUGAUAAUGCAUUUAGGAAUGGAGUUCCUUUAUCCAUUGUAGCCAAGAAAAUACCAAAGAAAAUCAUAACCCCAGCUGACCCAGAUGAAUUAGAAGUUGGGAGGAGAAAGAGAAGGUGGAAACACAGACCCCUGGCCAUCAAUCUGACCAACUGCAAGUAUGAGAGUGUGCGUCGGGCAGCCCAAAUGUGUGGCCUGAAGGAGGUGGGGGAGGACAAAGAGUGGACUGUGUACUGGACAGACUGCUCUGUCUCACUGGAACGCAUCAUGGACAUGAAGAGGUUUCAGAAAGUCAACCACUUCCCUGGCAUGACAGAAAUCUGCCACAAAGAUCUGCUGGCUCAGAACCUCAGCCGCAUGCAGAAACUCUAUCCUACUGAGUGUAACAUCUUCCCAUGCAUCUGGUGCCUCCCUUUUGACAUGCGAAUGUAUGUCCUGAUCACAUCCUGUGAGCCUCUUCGGAUCUCCAUGUAUGAGGAGGGCCUGGCCGCCUUUACCACCAUGCCCUACGUGGAGCCCAGCCACAGCAACCUGGAUGACAUCUGCAUGCACCUGACCAACUAUGCCGUCAACAGACACAAUGAGAAUUUUGUCCGGGAUGAUGCUGUGGGCAGUAAGAGCUACAGAACCUGUUUUCCCCAGUAUCUGAGUGGAGGUAUAUGUGCCUGUUUUGAGAUCCUUGGUUUUGACAUCUUGCUGGACCACAAGCGGAAGCCCUGGCUGCUGGAGGUAAACCACUCUCCAAGCUUCACCACCGACUCACAACUUGAUCGAGAAGUGAAGGAUGCACUUCUCUGUGAUACCAUGACCCUUGUCAACCUCCAGGGCUGUGACAAAAGAAAGGUGACAGAAGAGGAUAAGUGGCGAGUCAAGGAGCGGCUUUUCCAGUGCCACCAACAGCCAAGAGAAGCCAGGGGUCUCAGGUGUUUGACGUGUGUUUAGUUGUGUAGCUUACCUUAUUACUUUCCUGAGAGUAAAAGUCCUUCUCUAGAUGGAGAAGGCAGUCUGGGGUUGAUUAGCUAUUAAAAACAUUUUUUUUGCAUCGAUAAUACACCACAUAUCAUAGAUAAGUGAUGCAUUAUCUAUGCAAAUUCCAAAGACACAGUGAAUAGUCUCUCUCCUACCCUCCUCCUCCAGCUACUCAGUUUUCCUCCCUGGAGCCAAUCAAUGUUCCCUGGGUCAUGUGUAUACUUUCACAAACAUUUAAUGCACAUAUAUACAUGUAUUUAUAUAAAUUGUUUUCUCCCUUUACCCAGACAAUAGCAUAACUUUCACACUGUCUGUAUCCUACUUACCAAUGCAUUUUACAGCUAUUUAUGCAUUUUAUAGCUAUUUCCUAUUAGCAUGUAAGGAACUUUAUGGGGUUUGUUCUUUUUUUUUUUUUUAUUUUCAACAAAGCUCCUCUAGAAACCAUUACCUAAGAAGGCUUAUAAUUAUGAAACAGAGAAAACAGUUUAGUCAUUCAAUAAUAGGUUAUUGUUUAAAUCAGUAUUGUUUACCCACUGUUGUUUUAAUUGUAAGAUGGGUUACAAACAUGGUAAUGUGUUGCUGAUACUCAAUUAUAAUUUGUUAAUAAUA